AUGAUCAGAAAUAGAUUGGGCUAAUCUAUGAAGGGCUUGAAAUUUCCAUGCUUUUUAAUCAAUAUUUAAUUUUAGUUUAUGCAAUAUUUAGUGCUAAUCUUCUUAAUAAGUAUUUUAAUCAAUACAGUGGUAGGGGGUUGGAUCAUUUGUUACAAUGGAAUACAUGAACUUAAAACAUUUACAUGCACUUCAAUAGGUUGUUUAUAUGGAUUCAAGAAUUAAACAUACACAGGACCAGCCUUAUAUUUAAAUUGCUUAACAAAUCCAUUAACUGCCUUAAGGCUAGAUAGUCUAUAAAUGACUUCGUUAGAAAAUUAUGUAUCUUUAGCACCAACACUAUCUAACGCAUACAAAUUGAUCAUGUUUGAUGUAUAUUAUACAAGUCAAUGGGUAGAUGAUGUCAUAGAUUUUGAGUUUAAUAAUUAAAUUUUUUAAAUUAGACAUUCAACGUCAGAUCCAUUGCCUCAAACUGAAGGUUUUUGUGAAUCCAUAUAAUAUGAACUUAGAACUUAUAACUUUACACUACCUUAUAGUUCAAAUCCUUAUUAAUUUCCCAAAUUUACAAUAUACAAUCCCUCAGUUAGCGCAAUGAUUAGAAAUGUGCAUUUGUCAUUUCAAAAUUGCUAUCCUGGUUGCACCUAAUGCACAGGGCCAGAGAAGAACUAAUGUACUGCAUGUUCACCAAAUUUGGCCGUAGUUAAUGGAGUAUGCAGAUGUCCCAUAAGAUAAAGUGUUAUGUAAGCAUAUGGAUGUGUAAAUAAAUGUUAUAUAACAGGAUCUAAAAUAAAAUCAUAAAAUAGAAUUUGUUUAGAUUUUGCACCAACAACACUCAUCUACUCUGUUUUAACCUCAGUUAAUUUAGAAACUUGGUAUAAUUGGAAUAUCAUUUAUGACCCUUAACAUAUAGAUGUAGUUGAUAAGAAAUUAGCUCCUUAUAAUUUUGGACUCUUUAGAUUUCGAGAAGGAGUCUAUACAUCUAUUAGUACUGCAUAUGGGAUAUAUCCUCUGGGCUCAAUAGUUUAAAUUGUAUUUUGUAAUGCGACUCCAAUAAACACAGGAGUUCAAUUUUAUGUCAAUUAGACCUAUGUUGGUUCUGUGUACUAUGAUGGAACUUAAUAUAUAUUUGAUAAAGUAGAGUUGAGAUCGUAAUAAGUGUAUCCAAUUACUGGACAAUGUACAAAUAAUUAGUUUCUAUCUGUUGAGAUAUUUACUACUCUGAUUGAAUAAAAGUUAACUUUUUCUAUCUAAGGGAAUUUUACGUAACAUUCCAGAAUAAAUUAGUUCACCAGGAGCAGGAUGGUUUCUAAGACUGGUGUAAAUCACAACAGGUUAUUGUCCGAAUGCGUGUUACAAAUGCGACAUGUUUUAUAGAUGUAUAUAAUGUCCAUAAGGAUAUGUAAAAAUUUCUGAUGGAACAUGUUAAUACUGGGGUUGUCCAAUUGAAACUACUUAUAAUGGUACUCAUUGUGUAAAAUACAAUGAAGCUACAAAAUGUAAAAGAUCAUUUAACAUAAGAUUCAUAAUAUUUUGUGAGAGAAUUUUUUGACUUUACUGUCACAGAUACUCUAAAUACAACCUUCGUUUUGGAAUCAUCAGUACCAACUGAUUUGUAAAAAGGUCCUUUUGUAUUUUGGUCUUACAUUGAUACAAAAAGGGUAUUUGGAGGUAAAUUUGUUUGGGCUUAAUCGAGAUUUUCUUAGAUUUAUACUUUAAAUCCGCAUCACUCAUUAACAAUAUAUUUUUAAGUUAUUUUUGGCCCAAACUUUCCAACAUCACCUACUAAUUACUUUUCAUAUGAAAUUAACAAUGGUACUCAAGUAAAGAUAACUAAAACUUCAACAUUAAGUAUUAUAGAAAAAGUGUUAACAUAUAAUCCUACUUUAACAAUUGCAAUUUAGUGCUAUGGUAUCAAUGUUAUUGAUUCAUAUUGUGGAAUGUCAAAUUAUUACAUAGUUGUUCAUUACUGUAAGCCAUAUUGUAAUAGAUGUACAAAUGAACUCACUUGUGAUGAGUGGAUGGCAUUUGAUCCAAAUAUUGUGAAAGUAGAUUAAUCCUAAUGUUCAGGUAACCAAUUUGUAGAUGAAAUUACUUCAACAUGUGAAGAUUGUCCCUUUGAAUGUCUUACAUGUUUUAAUGAAUAUGAAUGUUCAACAUGUAAGCCUAACUAUAAAUUGGUUCUUACAACAUGUGUAAUAGGUUGCUAACUCAAUUAAUUUCACGAUGGCACGAAUUGCAUAGAUUGCCAUUAUAGUUGUAAAUAGUGCUAAUCAACCAAUUAUUGUAUUCAUUGCGAAUCUACAUCUUUGAGAUAUUUAGAAAACGGACAGUGUAAAUGUUAUGAUGGUUAUUAUGACUAGAAUAAUAUCUAAAUGUGCUAGCCAUGUGAUAAGUUAUGUACGAAAUGCAAUGGACCUUCCAAUUAGAAUUGCUAGUCAUGCAUAGUUUUAGACUAAUUAACAUUAAAUGGAAGCUCUUGUGAAUGCAAUUUCGGAUAUUACUUUGAUGAAUUUUAGUUGAAAUGUGAAUUAUGUUAAACUAAAUGUGAAACCUGUUUUGGUUAAUCCGACACCACUUGUUUAUCAUGUUAUUCAAAUUAAUUUAGAGUAUUGAAUGGAUUUUAUUGCAAAUGCUAAGAAGGAUAUUUUGAUAAUAUUUUAGAUAUUUGUGUUUUAUGUCCUGCUGUGGAAGAUGCCUUAUUAGGAUCUUGUUAUAAGGUUUGCGGGGAUGGCUCUUCAAUUUGGUUUAAUUAGAAUUGUCCUUCAUUUGUUUGUCCCUUGGGAUACAAUACUGUAAAUAAUUAAUGCAAUCCUAUAUGUGGAGACCUAAUUAUUGUAACUGGAGAAUAGUGUGAUGAUGGGAAUACAAUCUAAUUUGAUGGAUGUCACAAUUGUAGAUACUAAUGUCCUGCUUAAUGUAGUGUUUGUGAUAAUACUACUGUAUUCCCUUGUCUGGAUAUGUGUGGUGAUGGUGUGGUAAGUGGACUAGAAGAAUGCGAUGAUUCAAAUAACAUAUAGUUUGAUGGUUGUUAUGAAUGCAAAAUUGAAUGUUAACCUUAAUGCACAAGAUGCACCAAAGGUGUCUGUUCUGAAUGUCAAACAUUCGGUUGGAUGUUUAACCCCUCUUCAAAUUUAUGUAUAGAAAAGUGUGGAGAUCGAUAUAUAGUGGGAAAUGAGCCUUGCGAUGAUGGAUAUAAUUUUGAUGGUAAUGACAGUUGUCUUGCUUGUAAAAGAGUAUGCAGAGAUGAUUGCAAGACUUGUAGUGAUGAUGGAAUCACAUGCCUAGAAUGUAAAACAAUCGGAUUUAGACCAUACUUAUACUAUUGUGUAAAUAUUUGUGGGGAUGGAUAUUUAGCAGUAGAUCCAUAUAACAGAUAUAUUGAAUAAUGUGAUGAUUUUAAUUUAGCAAAUUAUGAUGGGUGUAAUGCAGCUUGUUUAUUUUAAUGCUAGACGAUAGACAUUUGUACAAGUUGUGUAAGUAAUAAAUGUUAAAGCUGUAUCAGUACCUACUAUUUGGAUACAUCAAAAAAUAAAUGUAUUGAAAUAUGUUAUGAUAAUAUUAUUGUUGGAAAUGAAAAAUGUGAAGAUAUGAAUAGUCUAAUGUUGGAUGGCUGUUAUAAUUGUUAAUUAUCAUGCUAAUAAUCAUGUCAGACAUGUACAAUUAAUGGAUGUACAUAAUGUAAAGCAGGCUAUUUGCUAACCAAUUAUUAAUGUGUUAAUAUUUGUGGAGAUGCCAUUGUUGUGCUUGGAGAGGAUUGUGAUGAUGGCAAUUUAAAUCCUUUUGAUGCAUGUCAUUAGUGUGUUUAUCAGUGUACACCUUAUUGUUUGACCUGUCAUAAAGGGUAAUGUCUAUAAUGCUAAAAGGAUUAUAUCAAAAUAAAAGGAGGCUGUUGGAGAUAUUAAGAUGUAUUAAUGUAAAAUUAACAGAAUUUGUAAGUAAAUGAGGAAACCUAAAUUAUUUUUUUUGAAUUUUGUUCUCAUUAUGAUAAGAUGAAUUGCUAUAAAUGCCAAUAUCCAUAUACCUAUAAUUAAUUUGCUUAAAAAUGUGAAAUUAAGUUAGAAUAUUUAACUCAUUAUGAUGGCCCAACUGGUUAAGAUUAUAUUUAGCCUUUAUUGGAGUUUUGUUUAAUUUAGUAUCAUGAAAAAUGUUUGAAAUGCUAUAAUAAUUUUGAAUUGGAUGAUCUGAAUAACUCAUGUUAACCAAUUUGCGGUAAUAAUUAAUUGAAUGGCUAUGAAUAGUGCGAAGACAAUAACGCUCUGCUUUUUGAUGGUUGUUAUGAUUGUAAAUAUUCAUGCCAUUACUCUUGUGAGUAUUGUCAAUUUGGAAAAUGUUUCAGAUGCUAAUAAGAUUACAUUUUAGUUGAUGAAAUAUAUUGUCAACAAAAGGCAAUCUGCAAUUAAAUUGAAGGAUUUUAUCUAGAUGAAGAAACAAAUACUUGUAUUGAAAAUUGUGGAGAUGGUAUUUUAUCAAAAAAUGAGGAGUGUGAUGAUGGCAAUGAUAUUUAAUAUGAUGGUUGCUAUUAGUGCAAAUAUUAAUGCUAACCAUAUUGUUCUUAGUGUAUUAAAGGAAAUUGCAUAAUAAAACCUUCUCUUUGUAGUGUUGGAUUUUAUUUUAACUUUGAAAGUCUAUCAUGUGAAUCUAUGUGUGGAGAUGGCAUUCUAGUUGAAUCAUAAGAGGAAUGUGAUGAUGGUAAUCAAAGUGAUGAAGAUGAAUGUACCAAUAAUUGUAAGUUACAAUGUGAUUCUAAAUGUGCUUAAUGUGAAAAACAAAAUAAGUGUUAAGCCUGCAAAGAGAAUUAUUAAUUAAUUAAUAAUAAAUGUGAAGAAAUUGAAAAUUUAGAUAAUUGGAUUAAGAAUUGUGAAAUAUCAAUAGAAGAUGAAUGCUUGUAAUGUGAAAAAGGGUUCACCUUAAAAAAUAAUAAUUGUAUUAUUUUUUGUGGCGAUGGCAUUCUAAAUGGUAAAGAGUAAUGCGAUGAUGGCAAUAACUUAAAUGGAGAUGGAUGUGAUAUUAAUUGUGCUCCAUCCUAGGAUAGUUAUUGCAGAGAUUCUGAAUGCACGAUCUUAAUCUCACCUAGUGCUCAACUUGUUUUUUCAAAGGAGUUUUUUGGCUUAUAAUAUGCAGAAUUAGUUUAUAACCAAGAUAUGAGAUUGGAAGAGGACUACACUCAACAAAAUUAUCUUGAUAGCUUAGCAUUUUUUAUUGAGAGUAGAAAUGAGAGUGCUAAUAUAUUGUAUUCGACAAGCUCUAUCACCUAAGAUUUAAAUUAUGUUGUUAUUUCAAUACAGAUUGAAUUUUUGGAGUAUGUUCAAGAUCCAGUCUUAAAGGUAAGGUUUAAUAAUAAUGAGAUAUUGGCAAAUGAGUUUGGCUUAUCCAUAAAAUAAGAGAUUCUAUCAACAAAAUUAUUAUCUCCAAAUGUUCUUUCUUAAAGUCAAUAACAAAGUAGUUAGUCAUUAAUUUCAAUGAGUUCGUAAUUAUUGAAGAUAAUGGCUGUAUUUAUAGCACUAUCUUCGAUAACAGGAUAACUACAAAUAAUAACAAACUUAAUCGAUAUUAUUCAGUAAUUAUAUUACUUAAAAUAUCUAAACUCUAGGAUUGGUAUUAACCUUGCUCAAUUUUACUAAACCUUCAAAAUAAUAUAGCUAAAUAAUAUUUAUGAGCAAUUCAACAUGAAUCCAGACUCGAAUUUUAAGGGCGUGUUGACAUAUUACAAUUCCGAGCCAAUAUUUGAAUUUGAUGAUAGAAAUGCAAAUUUUCUAAACAACAUUUCCCAACUAAGCCUGGUGUAUAUCAUCUUAGCCGUUACACUGACGAUUUUGAAAUUUGGUACUGUACUGAUAAUGAAAAAACUGGCAUAAUUAAAUUAAAUCCAUUUAAAAUUGUCAUAGCUUCAUAUUGUAAAUUUCAUAUAGAAGAAAUGUAUAAAAAUAAGAAGAAUAAAAUAUUGGCCUCAAAUUCGGAGUUUGUUUAUAGCUAUGAUUUACGAGUUUGGAAUAAAUAUAUUUCUUGCUAUCAAGUACUCAUAAAGAGACAGUGAGGGUGACUGUGGGGUUACGAUAGCCAUUUCAACUCUGAUGGUAAGUUUGUUAAUGUUGCUAUCGAAAUUGAAAUAGAGUAAUGGUCUAAUCAAAAGAUUGAAAUUGCUAAAUAAAGAGGACAAUGUGUACAUAUACAUGUGUGUUCAGAAGUUAUUGUUUGUGAUGUUUUUGGUGUUCUUUUUUUAAUCUGGGGCGAUCCAGAUUUUGCUAUGCAUUUUAAACGAGUUUCAAUAUUGUUACUUUUUGUAUAGUUACAAAAUAAUUAAAUAGCCGUCAGAGAAUUUGAAGCAACUGUCUUCUCACGUUAUCCAAUUCAUAAUUUGCAGUCUAUAUCUAAUUAAUAACUUUUAUUAAAAUGACCCUCAGGUUUUGAUUAUGAUUGGGUGGAGCAUCAUUAGUUUGAUGAGUACGGUUUUGGUGAUAACAGUAGUCGUAGAUUUUUUUGAUUUAAUUUAUCCUUUUUUCAAGAAGAUCUUAAAAAGACAGACAGUUCGGAAUAAUGAGAUGAGUGAAAUAUUUUGUGUAAUUGAAAAUCAGGUAAAUGUUCUCAAUCGACAAUAAUUUUGA